AUGAAUUUGAAAUCCUUUUGGAGGAAAAUUUGGAGAAUGAAUGCUAUUCCUAGGGUAAAGACAUUUAUGUGGAAGUGUAUUCAUGAUAUUCUCCCUUUGAAUGAGAGAAUGGCAAGAAUUCUGUCUUACAUAAAUAAGUUUUUCCCUUUAUGUGGAAAAAAUGAUGAGACGUUAAACCACAUCUUGUUGAACUGUGAGUUUACUCUCAGGGUUCUAAGUCAAAUGGGUGUUACAUUCACAGACUAUACGGGUAACCAUACUGAUUUUCACUGUUGGAUUCAAGAUUGGUUCCAUAGUGACAGAAUGGACAAUCUAGGUGAUUUGGAUUGGGCUGGCGUGUUGGCAACUAUUUGCUGGGGGAUUUGGAAAUGCAGGUGUGAUGUAGUGUUUAAGAAAAUAAACCCUAACCCGCAGAGAAUAGGCAGCAAGAUUACCAAUAUAAUAAGUUGUAACAGAAGAAGUAGGAAGGAGCAAAUGUUGAAUAGCCCUAUUCAUAUUGUAGAAAACACAAAACCCCUAGCUACUAACCUGCUGGCUAUUAAGAUAAGUAUAACCCUUAAGAUUAACAAUAACAGUAGGGAGGGAGGUUUAGGUCUAGUCUUAGCUGCUCAUGCAGGUAACAUCUCAAAAGCAAGAUGCAGAAACAUUGAAGCAAGUUCAGAGGAAGAACUAGAAGAAGAAGCAGCUUCCAUGACAAUCCAAUGGGCACAACAAUUAAACCAUCCGCGGGUCGAAAUUAAAGGUGACAAUGUGAAAGUCCUUGAAGCUGUUGGGAGCAAAAUAGGUGAAAUGUACAAAGGAUGUACGCAGAAAGAUAUAAAAACUUUAUUUUGUAUAUUAAAAACCUUAAGGAGCUUAGUAGAGUUUCAGAGUUUGAAAACUUCUUAG